AUGAAGCUUUCCAUCAUCGCCGCAGCUGCCAUUGCGCAGAUCGCCUCUGCCCACUACACCUUCGAUGUCUUGGUCACCGACGGCCAGGAGUCCAAGGGCUACGAGUUCAUCCGUGAGAACACUCGUGCCCAGAAGUUCAACCCCACCAAGUGGAAGAACCCCCUCGACAACAUGACCCCCGACAUGGACGACUUCCGCUGCAACAAGGGCUCUUUCGCUAGCGCUGGCAAGACCGGCGUCAAGGAGGUCGCAGCCGGCACCAAGAUGGCCAUGAAGCUUGCCUACGGCGCUACCAUGAAGCACCCCGGUCCCGCUUUCGUCUACAUGUCCAAGGCUCCCAGCUCCGUCAAGGAGUACGAGGGUGACGGCGAGUGGUUCAAGAUCUUCGAGUCUGGCCUCUGCGACAAGAACAAGGAUAUCCUGGGUACUGCUUGGUGCACUUGGGAUAACGACAGGAUUGAGUUCACUGUCCCCGCUGAGGUGCCAGAGGGCGAGUACUUGAUCCGCUCUGAGCACGUUGGUCUUCACGGUGCACACGAUGGCCAGGCUGAGUUCUACUACGCCUGCGCUCAAGUCAAGGUCACCGGCGGCGGCAGCGGUACCCCCGGCCCCACCGUCAAGUUCCCCGGCGCGUACAAGAAGACCGACCCCGAGUUCAACUUCAGCAUCUGGGGUGGAUACAAGGACUACACCUUCCCCGCCCCCGCUGUCUGGGAUGCCAGCACCAGCGGCGGUGCUCAGUCUCCUGCUCAGACCCCCACUGAGGAGCCCACCACCGAGGAGUCUCCCGCACCCUCUGCUUCCCCCGUACCUUCCUCCGAGGAGCCUGCUGCUAGCAGCGAGGCUGUUGCACACAACUCUGAGAACUGCAAGGGUGGCAAGGCUAAGCGUGGUCGCCGUGCUUUCCGCGAGGCUCUUCUCCGAAAGGAGUAA